AGGUUGAUUUAAUAUGGCAGCGCCCAUGUGAGAAUAUAAACAAACCAAAAUAUGCCUUUUAUUUUGAUUUGCGGUUACCCCUGCAGUGGGAAAUCGAGAAGAUCAGAUGAAUUAAAGAGGUAUUUUGAAUCUGAUCACAAUAAAGAUGUUACUGUUGUGAGCGAUCAUAGCACGGGUGUCAACCGGAAUGAAGUAUAUUCAGAUUCUAAACAAGAGAAAUUGGUGCGGGGGAAUCUCAAAUCAGCUGUUCAAAGAAAUCUUGGGAAAGACGCCAUAACAAUAUUGGAUUCCCUGAACUAUAUCAAAGGUUUUCGAUACGAGUUGUACUGUGUAACAAAGGAAUGUCAAACCACCCAAGUAGUCAUAUUCUGUGAUACAAAUAGGGAUGUUGCCAGCGAGUGGAACAUGGCCAGACCGGACGAGGAAAGAUAUUCCCAAGACAUUUUUGAUGGCCUGGUACAACGGUUUGAGGAGCCGAAAGCUAACAACAGAUGGGAUAGCCCUCUGUUCGUGGUCCAGAAGGAUGAUGCCUUACCAUUUGAAGCCAUUGUUGACGCACUUCUGAGGAGAAAGGCCCCGCCUCCUAAUGCUUCAACCUUACCUCAACCACUGUCUUCCACAAAUUUCCUGUAUGAAUUGGACAAAACCACACAAGAUAUUCUCGGGGUUAUAAUGGAGUCACAAAAGACGAGCGUUCCCGGGGACAACAUUGGCAUCCCAGGUGCCACUGAUAAACUUCAAUUUACUCGAUCUUUUACAUUGGCCGAGCUGCAACGAACUCGGCGACAGUUUAUAACAUAUAUGAAGAUGCACCCGGUCGACAACCCGGGGAAAAUAUCAAACAUGUUUGUGCAAUAUUUGAACAAUACCUUGAAAUAAAUAAUUACUUUCAUUGUC